CCGCCGGGGGGGCGCCGCCCGCCGGCCCCGCGCGGGCCCGCCGCCCGGGGCCCCGGAGGAGAGCCGGCGCAGGCAGCACGGGCGGCUCGCGGCGGGGGGACUCCUCGGGAGUCCCGUUUUGCUGCCGCCGCGAUGCCGUGGGCCGCGCGCAGGGACCUGCUGAGCCUCCUCAUGGUGGCCAGGUGCCCCUGCUGGCGCGCCCUCCCCGAGGCGUGCGCGGCGCAGGGCGGCGCCGCGCAGUGCCCGGACGCCGGCUCCGCUCGCGAGGAGCCGGCCGGCAGCAAGUCGCCGCGGUCGCCGCCGCUGGAGGAGGU